AUGAGUAUCGUUUACGGUGAAGAGCGGGAAUUAUUCCAGGACGAGAAUUACCCGAAUAUUGAUGACCACAUCACGCAUGAUUCUCAUCAUCAACAACACCAUUCACAAACCACCCAUGAAACCCAGCAACAAGAACUGGAGCAUUCCCUUCAUGACCCUCACCCACAAGCUCAUGACGCUCACCACCCCCACGACUCCAACAAUCAUCAAGAACUCACCGAGCAACACCAUGGCUCACCCGGCGACACUGAUCGCUUCACAAACGCCAAUGAUGUCGUUGUGAGCGACCUAUCCAAUGACUUGGUGGAAGUUGCCCGUGCCACAUGCAACGCACAUGCAGCCGCCGCCGCCGCAGGGGCCGCAUUCGGCGCCGUUCAGACGGAUCCCCGACUCAAUGACUACCUCGCCGCUUCGGCGCCGGAACCCGAACCUCAACCGGCCCCGGUAUCAACAGUAGACGUACCCGUUUCGAGCUCACUGGCCGUUCAAGCUUCCUUGCCUAUCCAGUUGACUCCACCACUGGAGCAGCAGCAGCAGCAGCAGCAGUCUCGUGUUGUACACCCUCUGCUACCUCCACAACUAGUUGCCCAAAUAACGCAGCCUUUGUCACCAGCCGCGCCAUCGCCACCUUCACAUACCCAACAGGAGCAGCAGUCGCCGAGCACGCCAGCACCAUCGGGGAGAAUCAAGCCUAUCCCCAAGCCGGUUCGUCAGGCGACCAAGAAUGCCGAAGGCAAAUUUGUUUGCAUGUGGCCUGGAUGCGCGGAGGACAUCAAAGAAUUUGGUCGCAAAUGCGAAUGGAAUAAACACAUGGACAAGCACGACCGUCCCUACAAAUGUGGCGCCGUAGGCUGCGAGAAGCUACCAGGCUUCACCUACUCGGGCGGCCUUCUGCGUCACGAACGUGAAGUUCACGGCAAGCAUGGCGGCCCCAAAAACCCCUUGCACUGUCCUCACGAAAGCUGUAAGCGCGCCACCGGCAAGGGAUUCUCCCGGCUUGAAAACCUAAACGAGCAUCUCCGGCGGGUACACACCCACAGCGCAGACGGUACUACAAACGGCGGGAUAGGCAUGAUCCUUCCAAACGGCGGCGGCAUCAAUGCCAAUGUGGGCGCCGCGGACGAGUCCGACGAAGCCACCAGUGACGACACCUCGUUUGGAGGCCAAGCACAAGCACAAGCACAACCACAACCACCCCAAUCCCAUUCCCACCAGCUUCUAUUAAAGCGCAAACGGCGUCAUCGCGAUUUUGACGACAACUUUGGCGUUGGCAUUGGCGGUGGUGAGACAUCCGAGUUGCGAGAGGAAGUCAAGCGCCUUAGACAAGAGAACGAGGAGCUGAGAGAGCAAGUGCAGAAGAAUACCCAACAGACAACGCUGUUGGUGCAGAAGCUCCAGGCACUGACGGAGGCUAUGGCGCCGAGGAACAACCAUAAUCACAAUAAUCAUAAUCAUAAUAAUAACAUGGGGCCCCCGCCGACGGGUCAGAUGGCAACAACGACGGCGACGGCAUCGUCGUAUUAG